AAAAAAAAAAUCAAUUAAAAAAAUUUUAAAAAUUAACAUCAGAUAUCUUCAAGAUCUCAAUUGCUAGGCUUACAACUUGAAAUCUGCUCUCUGAUAGCAUGCUGAUAUCUGUGUCCCCCCAAAUUAGGUGCCAUUAAAUUAACCCUAAACUGGCCAGUUCCAGUGUAGGCAUCACAGCUGAAUUUGGAAACCAUAUCCUGAAGUGUAGCACACAACUUGUAAAGCUCUGUGCUCCUUGGCAGAAGAGGCAGAAAACACAUUCCAUCUCAGGAGCUGUACUGAUGUGAGAGAUGAUACUGAGUGUGUUAUAUGCACCUGUGGCUUGCCUGGUGCAUCCAGCAACUGAGGAGACCAGAUGCAAGAAAUCCUGACAGGUUUCUGCAAAAAAUCUUCUCUGGAAGAGAAGAAUCUGAAUCCCUAACUCUUUCCUUAUCUUACAGGUGAGCCUUGAGGACACUUGGGAGGCUGUAGCUCCUGGAUGCAUGACCGUCCCCUGGGAUUAGAAGAAAGCCAUGGGGAAAGACAAGAAAGAAGAAGCUGUCUUUCUGAGGAAGAAGAUAACUUUGCUGCGGGCUUUCUCGCUCCUCAUCGGCAGCAUGGUUGGCAGUGGCAUCUUUAUCUCCCCGAAAGGUGUACUGGAAAACUCCGGCACCGUGGGUUUCUCUCUGGUUGUCUGGUUUGCCUGUGGGCUCCUCUCAAUGUUUGGAGCCUUGUCUUAUGCAGAACUUGGAACAAGAAUCACCAAGUCUGGAGGACAUUAUAUCUACAUUUUGGAGACACUUGGGCCUCUGCCAAGUUUCUUAUUCUUGUGGGCAGAGUUUUUUGCUAUCAGGCCUGCCAACAGUGCUGUGGUUUCCUUGGCAUUUGGACGCUACAUGUUGGAGCCAUUCUUUGCCCCCUGUGCAGCCCCAGUCCCUGCUGUGAAGCUCGUGUCUCUCCUGGGGUACUACAUGGUCCUCACCCUCAAUUCCUGGAGUGUCACCUGGAGCGCCCGCCUGCAGACAGCUCUCUCCAUCAUCAAACUCCUGGCUCUUGCACUCAUCAUCGUGCCAGGGAUGAUGCUGCUGGCCCAGGGCCACACUGAAAACUUCCAAGAUGCUUUUGACAGACAGUCGCUGGUUUUGGAUAAGCUGCCCCUGGCUUUUUACGCAGGCAUGUUUGCAUAUUCAGGCUGGUUUCAAACCAGCUUUGUGCGUGAAGAGUUGGUCAGACCUGAACGAAAUAUUCCCCUGGCUGUCAUUGUGUCUGUGAUCACAGUAAUUGUGGGGUACAUGCUCACCAAUGUCUCCUAUUACACCGUCCUGGGAACACAAGAUGUUCUGGCUUCUCCUGCUGUGGCUGUGAGCUUUGUGCAGCGAGCCUUCAAAAGCCUGAUCUCUGUGGUCCCGGUCCUUGUUGCACUGUCCUGCUUUGGAACCAUGAAUGGAGGAAUCUUCACAUUUUCAAGGACACUCUUUGUGGCUUCUCGGGAAGAACAGUGGCCUCCUCUCUUCUCCAUGAUCCACAUUCGAAGGCAUACACCCCUUCCUGCUGUCAUGUUAAUGUUCCCUUUGGUUACUGCCAUGGUGUGUAUCGGAGAUAUCUACCAUCUAUUGAACUUCUUCAGCUUUUCCCGAUGGCUCUUCAUAGGAUUAGCCACCCUUGGGCUCAUUGUCCAUCGCCACCGUCACCCGGAACUUCACAGCCCGUUCAAGGUUCCCUUGUUCGUUCCUGUCUCUUUUACCAUCAUCUGCCUCUUCACAGUGGCAAUGUCUUUCUACUCAGACCCUGUGAAUAUUAGCAUUGGAUGCACCAUGGUUUUAAGUGGUUUUCCAGUCUACUACCUCAUAAUCCAUAGGCAAAUGUCCAGUCGUUGCCGUAGCCCGUUUUAUUUUCUUACACACAAACUACAGUUACUGCUGGAAGUAGUCCAACAAGAAGUCAAGACUUACUGAGAAAACCAUCCAAACUCACAGGAGAAGAUAAAAUCUAUUUGCUCUGUUCCUGAUACCUUUGAUCCUACUAAAAGCAGGCCAUGCUCUAAUUCUCUUAAUCACUGCAAAUGAGGGUGAGCCUGAGCCAAAACCUUGCUGCAAGUGUUCCUGAGCUUGUCCAUUGAGAUCAGGAGGAGCAUGUCACAUCUGUUUCUGCCCUUUUUUAUCAGAACAAUCUAGUUCUCUGAAAUGAGCUUGCUUUGCCAACAGUGUGUCUUCGAAAUCUUAAUUUUGCAGUCUAACCAGACCUCAGUAAAAUAGCACAGAUUUUAAAUUUUUUAACUUGAGAAAUGGAGGAAGGGAGCAUGUUGCAGAACUUCGAGUCCACUACAUGGAAGACAAACGCUGAACAGUAGUGUUCUAGCAGCAACGCUGUGGACAAGCAUUAUGAAGGGAAAUGGGUGGGGAGAGCAAAUUAGAAAUAAGGUAGAUGAAUCGGAAAGGAGGAGACAAGGGGGUUAAUACUUGAUUCACCAGAAAGUGCAGAUUCAGGUUAAUGAGGAGAUAUUUGAAAAUGAGGUCAGAUCAUUUUGCUUUAAUUAUUGCAUAAGCAGAAUUGCUUUGAAAUAAUAUUUCUUUUUUGAAUUUUAAUUUUCUGAGAUGACAUUUCAAAAUGUACAAACAUAUUUAAAAAAUCAGCUAAAUAUCAACAAAAAUAGGAUUAAAUAGAACCUGAUCACUGCCCCAACUCCCCAGUCCUUCUUCUCAUCCAGUACUACUAGUGAAGUAGAACAUUCAGAUUUUGGCCCAACUCUAGUGAAAUAUAAUUUGUCCUUUAGUUAGAUAAGACCACUGAUGAGACUUGGGCAGAUUCCUGAACAAGUGCAUCUUUUGGUGCUGCAAGAAGACACAAAAGACUUCAUGUCAAAGCUUUAACUUUAAAUCCGGUCUCAAAUGACUUGCUGAAUCAAUACUUAAAUGCGCAUUUGAACUAUUGACAUAAGAAAGGUUUCCGUUAUUGGAUUCCUUUGGUUUACAUUAUUAAUGUGGAAGUGUUAUGUCCAGAUAAAACAGCAGUUAGCUACUUCAAAUUGUUUGAUUGUUAAUCUUUUAGGAGAAGAUGGGAAGCAGUAUACUGAGACUCCUUUAAUGACUGCUAGAGAGAGGAACAGCAGAACGUGGAGCAUUUUUAAUCUUCUGUAUCAAGCAUUUAUGUAUUUAGAGUGAAACCAAAGUACCAUAUACAAACACAAUGUAAUCUACCUAAACUUGUAACAUUCACCAUCAAGACUUGGAAAUAAAUAAGUUUGGUUUGGGUUUUUUUUUUUCCAAA